GAUGCACUUUAUUGUUGUGUUUUCUCUUUCAGUGUCAGCAGGUGAAGACUGCUUGUGGUAUCAGGAUCACAGUGGUGGUUGGCAUCCUAGCCUAGAUUGUAGAUAUGGGACUUUUUGCUGUGGAGACUGCUACCAAAGAUAUUGCUGCUUGGAACCUAGUAAACUAAUCACUGAGAGGAUGCAGAAGGGCUGUCUUUCUUUAAGCCCGAAGACCAUUGCAGGCAUUGAUUUGCUGUGCUACUCUUCUUUGUGGUAAUUGUUACAUUGAUUUGCUGCUUCAUGUGCUCUUGUUGUUAUCUGUAUCAGCGUCGCCACCAGCGUUCAACACCAUACAGAGCUCAAGAAAUCCAGAUGUCGGGUGUUUCCCAGCAACCUCUCUAUCCUACACAACCUCCAUACCCCACCCAGGCUCCUUACCCAGCACAGCCUCCAUACCCAACCCAGCCUCCAUAUCCCACACAACCCUAUCCAAUGGAUCCCAAGUUUGCACCACCUCAGCCUGGAUAUGAACCUGUGCCUAUGUACCCACCAAGUGGACCAACAGCCCAGUAUCCUGUAUAUCCUCCACCACCAAUGUACAAUCCAAACUUUGCCAUGCCACCUCCGAACACAAUGCAUCCCGGGCAGUGA